AUGGAUGACGUAGACAAGCGUCCUACCGCUGACACGGUGUGUCGCAAGCUUGGAGAGUUUAUGAGACUGGGGAUAUGGCUGGAUCGCUACAAGCUUGAUGACAUGUUUAAGAUGUGGUUGGCUGAACACUGUAGAAGCAGGAGUUUAUCUAGAAGUCGUGGGUAUGUAUAUUAAAGGGCUGAUGUUGUUAAUGUGUUGUCCCUUUCUGCUUAGUUAAACCUGCUAUUGUAGGUCGUGGGUAGGGUAUUUACUUGGUUGGGUAACUUCACUGUACACGCGUAAAAACGCACAAAUUGUAACAAACCUGCAGCAGACUUGUAGCAAUGCUGUUCGAACAGCUUGUCAACAGGAUGUGUUCGCACUGCUUGUUCCCAGCUUGUUGACAAGGUUGCUGAGCUCAACGUACUUGUUACAAGUUGUUCCAACAACUGGUUAUCGUCCUGCAAUUCAACAAUUUGUCAACAAGUUGGGAGUGACAACCUUGUAGCAACUUGAUAAAAUAACAACAUUGUUACAACUUGUUACCAAGCUUGCUACAAACCUGUUGCGAACACAUCUUGUUGACAAGUUGUGAGAUUUUUACUUGUGUAAGUAGAGUUGUUAGUUGUUUCCCUCUUGUGCUUCGAGGGUUUUGUUUUCCUGCCUCAGUAGAAACUAAACCUGAGUUGUCUAGCACAGUGGAAUGAAGCCACCACAUUAAAGAAAUAUUAAUAUUCUAGGUCAUCGAUAUCUUCACGGAGUGAACUUGUCAGCAUAGCUCUUGGGGAAAAGUAUUCGUCCUUGGUCAAGGACAGUCGCUCGAGUGUUACUCGCGAGAUGUUUAGAGGUAAGCAUGUGACGUGUUUUUUAUUUCUGUGACUGAGCUUUGAUUCCUGCAAUAUGCAGUUGUCUCAUUAUAAUUUCACCUCAGUCACAUGUGAGAAGAGUGCUUCCAGUUUGACUCUAUCAAACAGUAUGGGUUGCUCGCCAUAUCAUAAGCCGACAUGGAAACUAUAUGGAACUAAUUAACAUUAUCUUUAAUUUCAGAACGUGCCAACAGACGUCGUUCAGUUGUUGCAGGUUGGUGGCUAGUGCUGUCGGAAGUAAAUUGUUGAAUAUUGAAGGGGAUAUGGCUCUACCAAGAGUGCUUGCGGAAAACUUCGCAAACCUUAAUUCAGACAUUCUCAUUUGUAGUAACACUGGAUCAAUAAGAGAUGAUUCUGACUGGACCUCUAGGAAGAACUGAUAGAACUAUCCAGUUAAGAACAGUUUAGAACUGAUACAGCUACCCAGUAUAAAUGGCGUUGUCUAGUUUAGAUAUUUGUAUUUAAUUUCAGAAUUUGGAAAACCUCAAUUCCGUCGUCGUUCGGCCGUUGUCACGACGUUGGUGGAAGAAGCUCUCACGACUCUGGCUCACGUGGGAAGACCGGCCACGGAUGUACAUGAAGCAGAUAUUUAUAAAUUCGGCUUCAAACUCGCUCGAGAAAUCGCGGAAUUGCGAGGCGUAUGCGCGCUAGCUAUGCAAAAACGGCGCAAGGUGUGGGCCAAGGUCGCGAUGGCCACGCGGGACCUCGAGGAGGAUAUGUAUGACAGCCUCGCGGGAUACGAGGAG